AUGAGGAACGCCUCAGUGGUGACCGAGUUCAUCCUGCUGGGCAUCCCGCACACGGAGGAGCUGGAGACCAUGCUCUUCGUCCUGUUUUUGUCUUUCUACAUCUUUACCCUUGUGGGAAACCUGCUCAUCCUACUGGCAAUUGUCUCCUCCACUCAACUCCACACCCCCAUGUAUUUCUUCUUGUGUCAACUGUCUGUGUGUGACAUAUUUUUCCCUUCUGUGAGUUCCCCCAAGAUGCUCUUCUACCUCUCAGGGCACAGCCGAGCCAUCUCCUACGCAGGGUGCGUAUCCCAGCUCUUCUUCUACCACUUCCUGGGCUGCACUGAGUGCUUCCUGUACACGGUGAUGGCCUAUGACCGCUUUGCUGCUAUAUGUCACCCUCUACGCUACCAGGUGAUCAUGAGCCACAGAGUGUGUGCCACCCUGGCCAUGGGCACCUCAUUUUUCGGCUGUAUUCACGCCACCUUUCUAAGCACUCUCACCUUCCAGUUACCCUACUGUGGCCCCAAUGAGGUGGACUAUUUCUUCUGUGAUAUCCCAGUGAUGCUGAAGCUGGCCUGUGCGGAUACCUCAGCCCUGGAGAUGGUGGGGUUCAUCAGUGUGGGCCUCAUGCCCCUCAGCUGCUUUUUUCUCAUCCUCACCUCCUACAGUCGCAUCGUCUACUCCAUCCUGCAGAUCCGCUCUGCAGAGGGCCAACAACGUGCCUUCUCCACCUGCAGUGCCCACCUCACUGCCAUCCUACUUUUCUACAUGCCAGUGAUCUUCAUCUACUUAAGGCCAACCCCAAUCCCCUGGCUGGAUGCAACCGUUCAGGUCCUGAAUAACCUGGUCACCCCCAUGCUGAACCCCUUGAUCUACAGCCUCAGGAAUAAGGAGGUCAAAUCAUCUCUGAGGAAAGUCCUACAUCAACUGGGCUUUCUUCCAGAGAAGUUGUAG